CGCGCGGGGAGGGGAGACGGACGUCGGUCGACGGACCCGCGACGCCAUGGGACAUGACACGCUCGUGACGUCGCUCAAAACCGCGCUCGGCCCCGGCCCGUACCGGUCCUUCCGCGCCACGAGCCACGCGCUUCAGCUCGGCGACGUCUCCCCCGAUGUGUGGUACGGCACCGCGAGUCGAGCGGUGAGGGACGCGGACCUCCUGGACGCGGUCGUCCGUUCGAUUCCCGACGCGGGCGUUCGUUCGGAGGUGGAACGCGCGCAUCGCGACCGCGUCGACGCCGGCGCGGGCGCGUCGACGAGCGAGGAGGAGGCGCGCGUCAUGGGCGAGAAGGGGAGCGUCGCGGAGGUGCUCGCGCCGGGGCUGGUGUGCCUCAGACGGGCGAUCGACCUGGAGACGCAGGCGUGGCUCGCCGAGCGCGCGUUCGAGGUGGGCGAGGGGAAGGACGGGAGGCAGGGAUUCUACAACACAGUGCCGGGAGACGCGCCGGGAGACGCGCCGGUGCUCAGGCUCAAUCAGGGCACCAGAGGAAGGGUCAUCCUCCCAGUCUCCGACUUUCCAGAGAGACUCGGGCGCAUCGUUCGCGGCUGCGUCCGGUGCGCGCAGACGGCGGACUCGUGCACGAACGUCCCCGACAUGAACCCGACGACCGCGCUGGUCAACUUCUACAAAGAGGGCGCCAAGUUCAAGUGGCACAGGGACAGCGAGGAUCCCGCGCACGCCAGACACGACACCGGGCCACCCAUCGUGAGCUUCACCGUCGGACUCUCGGCGGAUUUUUCGUACAAGAACCGGUUCGAAGACGCGACGCACCGCACCGUUCGUUUAAACAGCGGCGACGUCUUGCUCUUCGGUGGACCGUCGCGGAUGAUCGUGCACUCGGUCACCGGCGUCGUGCCGAGGACGAUGCCGCCGAUGCUGAGGGGAAGGAUGUUACACGGUCGGUUGAACGUCACCGUUCGCGACAUCGGCAGAGGCGUCAUCGAUUCCUCGAUGUUCCCCGCGUACAGGGUCAGCUACGGCGGCGUGCAGAGCGAAGACUCGUACUGAAAACUAGUCUACGACGACUCGGAUAGAUUUCGUCGAAAACUAAUCAACCAGUGCCAAACCAACUCAGAUGUUCUCC